UCUCGCGCUGUUGCUGCUGCUCGCUGCAGAAUCCAACAUGGAGUAAAGAGAGAUGGGGCUCGGACGGGGCCACCCUCAGCAACAUCAGCGCUUAGCGAGCAGCAGCACGGCGGAGAGACUCGCCCCAGACCCGAGAUCAGCCCGGCGGUAAGAACUCACUCUCCGGUAUCUCUGAACUCACCAUUAGCUAUACUACUACACACCCGGGCUGUGGAGAGAGCGCGCGCACUCACUCAGACACGGGGCUGCUGCGCUGCGAGACUCGGCGCUCGGGAGACCAGAGUCGUCACGAUUUCUACCAGCAACUGGUUUCAGCUCUGGAGAGAAAAGGAGGAGAAAAUUAGACCGAGACUAAGAGAGAGAAAGAGUGGAAGAAGCGAGAGGCCGUCAGGACGGCGGACAGGAGAGGAGGAGAAGAAAACACGCGAGGGAAGAAGACGGGAGGAGAGGAGGCUGAGGCGCGAUGUGAAGGGAUUAUUAUUAUUAUUUUGGAGAAGAGAGAAGAAAAAUGACGAGCGAAAAGAGAGCACCCGCGGUGGGAUUUUUUUCGAGGUGAAACGAGAAAAUGAUUGAAGAAACACGCCCAAACGAUGACAGUUACAUCGUGCGCGUCAAAGCGGUGGUCAUGACCCGGGAUGACUCGAGUGGGGGUUGGCUAGCGCAGGAAGGUGGGGGGCUCAGCAGAGUGGGCGUGUGCAAGGUGAUGCCCGCCGAGCUGAGUGGCCACAGUGACUUCCUCAUCCAUGGAGAGCGCCUCAAAGACAAGCAGGUGAUUCUGGAAUGUUUUGUUCGGAAAGAUUUGAUCUACACCAAGGCUACACCCACGUUUCAUCACUGGAAGGUUGACAACAAAAAGUGCGGCCUCACGUUCCAGAGUCCCGCAGACGCUCGUGCCUUUGAUCGAGGGGUGCGGAAAGCCUUGGAAGACAUUACGGAAGGUUCCACGACUUCCUCUUCAACACUUCAGAAUGAGGCAGAGCUGGGCGACGAUGAUGUAUUCACAACCGCCACCGACAGCUCCUCCAAUUCCUCUCAGAAGAAGGAGCAGGCGAUGCAGCCUCUGGCAACCUCCACCUUCUACGAGCCGCACCGCCAUCACUGCCUCCUGGGGCACUUUCAUGAACCGUACAGGACUUCAGAACGCUACUUCCUGGACCAGGCUGUACCCAAGUUCCCCCGUCAUGUCAGCUUUCUGGACGAGGAGGAGGAGAUUGUGCGAAUUAACCCGCGCGAGCGCACCUGGCUGACCGGCUACGAAGACUACCGGCACGCGGUGGCUCGGGACCGCUUCAUCCAGGCCGAGGACGUGGACUCGUACGUGCACUUUGACAAGAACGAAACGCCGUCGAAGCACGAAUACAGCUACCCAUACACACCCAGCCACUCGGACCUGGGUCACAAGGGCCAGCGGGGGGGCUCGGACGGCGGCGUGGUGGCCACGCAACCGGUGGCUUUCAAGCCUAAAGGCAAACGGCGGAAAGAGGACGGCGAGCGGUCGCGCUGCGUCUACUGCCGGGACAUGUUUAACCACGAGGAGAACCGGCGCGGCCAGUGCCACGACGCACCCGACCCUAUCCGGACCUGUGUGCACCGCGUCAGCUUCAUGUGGUGCGCAGACAGUCUGCUCUACCACUGCAUGUCGGACCCCGAGGGCGACUAUUCGGACCCGUGCUCAUGUGACACAGGCGAUGAGCGCUUCUGCCUGCGCUGGCUGGCCCUGCUGGGCCUCUCUCUGUUGGCGCCGUGCCUCUGCUGCUACCCGCCGUUGCACGCCUGCCACCGCUGUGGAGUGGCAUGCGGUUGCUGUGGUGGCAAGCACAAGGCUGUUGGGUAACCCCCCCUUCGCAACCCACCCUCGCAACCCCCAGAACUACAUGUUGAACACACGCAGCAGGCGCUUGUAUAUACUAUGGAUGGACAUUUCAGCUAUUUUCACUGUUGGAAAAUCUUCAUUUUUUAAAUAAACUGUAAUGGAUGCAUGAGUUGGGGGUGCUGAAAUUUUAAGCAGUGUCUCCAUGACACACAGUGAUGUAUCACACUAGAUGAUAUGCCAAAUUUUUGUAUGUUUUUGUCCAUUGUACCAAAUAUCUGAUUGCCGAGUCAGUGUAUUUAGGGACCGAAUGGCUGGAAUGCUGAAACCUGUUCAAGUCCUAGUGAUUCUCCUUUAACGAAAGACAAUCUAAAAUUUCAGCCAUAGGUUCAUUUUGAUUCUAAAAAUAUUUACAGGGAAUUUAAAGUCCACAUAAAAAAUCUGAGACGUGUUUCAUAAAAAUCUGGUACAAAAAUUCAUACAGGUUAAAACUAGGGAUGAAAAAAAAAGCACUUUCAAUGUUCAGAUAAACAAGGUGAAAAGGCCGAAUCAUUUAUAGCGAACUAUGACUAGGUUAUUUUAAGCCAUAUUGUGCUUUGUUGUUCUUCUUUUAAAAAAAGCAAGACAGAUAUACAUAAUAGUGUAUUUAAUGUAUUCAGUUGUGAAAAAGUGGCAAAUUUAACCCUCUAUAGCAUGAGUUAUAGUUUUGGGUAGAAAAAUAUCGCACCACUAUUUGGGAGAUUUUUUUCUUUGUGAACUUUUUCUGAACUUUUUUUUAUUUUGAUAAAAAGCUGAUAAUUUGAAUCACCACAGCUUUAUCAUGAUGGCCAUCAUAAAAGUGAUCUAUGAAUUGGGAAAAAAAACAACUUGUUUUAUCAUGUUAAAAACAGCAGUAAUGAAAAGCAGUAAGAAUAUAGGAAGAAUAUAAACAGCCAACUAUACUUCAUUACAUAUUCUUGCACAUCUAUAAUUAUUUUUAUUUAUGAGCCACUUGCACGCCUUAUUUUAUUGGACGUAGAUAUGCCAUUUAGCAUUACAUUAAAAAUAAAAUAAAUAAGGUAUAUAAAUAAGGGCUAUUGUGUUAUAACCAAAAGAUGCUUUGUUGCCUGAGAGCAACAUCAUGCCAUAGAGGGUUAAUAAAAACAUCUAAAAAAUGUGUUCAGUAUAUGGCCGUUCGCCUGAUGGUUUAUUUUGUUUGGUUUUGGCCAAAUAUUUUCAUUUUAUUGCAUCCCUAGUUAAAUCGAGUACACAUUAUCAUUAAAGCGAAAGUGGGGGAAACCAAAUAUAAAUAUAUACAAUAUCUGAAACUCUUCUUCAAGAUUCUACUUUUCACUCAAAUUGUUACACUGACAAUUUGUCUUUGUAAUGAAUAAAACAUUACAUUAAAACAUUAAAUCAUAAAACAGAAUGCAGAAAAGAAGCUUUGUGUUUGCUAGUGCUCUCACAUUUUGAAACCCACUGUGAAAUGAAAUAAACCUCUACCCUCCUCUAACUAGAAUAUGUAAGCAUAUAUAAUGCACAGAAAGUUUAUUUUUGUUUUGUUUCAGUGGUUAAGUGAUGUUAUUUUACAUAGCUUUUUUUUUAGCCAUUGCAGUAAAACAAUCCUGAAUGCAGGUGGAUCUGCAGCCUUCUCAGCACCCUCACUGACUUUAUGCAUCCAUGAGAAACUCCUUUUUUAAUUAUUUUAUUAUAUAGUAAAUGAAACAGUUACUAAGGGAAGUAAAAAGAGUAGAAAUGUCCAUCCCUAGUAUAUACAAUUGUUUGGAUGCUGGUAUGGAGGAAGCAGGAGGAACAAGGACAUUUGUUGGGGCUUCUUGGGGCUAUUUUUGUUUAUUCUUUUAUGUCAAUCUCAGCCCUAUUCCAGAUGGACAAAAAGAAGAAAAAAUGGUGCAUUAAACUGGCUUGAAAUUU